GUCGGUUGCACUACAAUUCAGUCAAAAGACUACUUUCAAAAUAAAAUAUCCGAACCAGUCCGCCGUGUCGUGCGUACCGACUGCAUGGAGACGAGCAUGGCAGUCCAACGGGAAGAGGAGAGCGGGCCCUUCGUGGUAAGUGUCAUGACAAGCGACAGAAAGUCACGACCUUCCUCGUCACCAGCUUCCGGAAUCCAGAGCCGCGGCGUCAUUGGCGUCCUUGCGGUGCAGGGCGGCUUUAUGGGAGUGUCAGUUGGGAUAUCAACGGAACGGAAGCCUUUUGAUCCGUAACUCAGUUCUUGCGUCCUUGCCUAGUAAUGAUGUCUCAGCGUAGAAGUUGCAUGGCAAAUGAUAAAUUUGAAUUUCCUUAUUUUCCCCACCACGAUAGAGUGAAUUGUCUGUCACUCAGCUCCUGCUGCUGUCAGCACUCUGCUGUGCUGCCGUUUUGCUGGUCAGCAGCGAUUCUCUGUCUUUGUUGAGCUUGACCCUAACCGCCCGCCCCUCCACAAGCGGCCCCCGUUGUUUCCCAUGCUAAUUGAGCAGGGGAAAGCGACGAGGAGGUAGCAAGCUGCGACUGCUCCAAAAUCAACCAAUUCGACUUCCGCGACUCAAUAAGAUACUUAAGUAGAAAAACAAAACUCAGCAAGAAUAUGUAAUGCGGGUAUUCUUGAUCUGCGUCGAAUUUCAUACGAUUUCCCCCCUGACACUGCCAUUGGCUUCGCUGAACAUGUAGAAAAGCUGCGCGCUUGCUUUGCUGACUUCGGGCCAUUCGACAUACGCCUGGUCAAAACGAGUGCAGAUCUUUACGUGCGCACAGAGGAGGAUGCAGGAGGUCGCACUCGAGUAGAUGGAAAUGUUGUCCUCGAAACGGAUGGAGGGACUGAUGAUUUUGCUGACGCUGUUGUUGCUACCUCGGAUACAACUGUAGCUGCAAGCGUGGCACGUGGAGGUGACACGUUGUCAAUGAUUGGCAAUUUUCGUGGAAACAAAGGAGACGGGGUCCUUCCGGCUAGUCCACAAGCCGUGAAUCGGUCGUCUGACAUAUCAGAGGCGAAGCUGGCCCACUACACACGCAUGCUUGAAAAAAACCCAAAACUUCGGAAGCUUUUCGAGAGAGAAACGGCAGACAACCUCCACAUGGCUGACGCACUCUCUACGUCGGCGGAAGAGCAGAAGCUGUGGCAGAAGCAAAGUUGCGUUGAGCAGCAACAUGAUGAAGGAGAACAGAGCAGCUGCAAUGGGCAUCUUCUGAAGCGCAGGCGCCACUGCGAGGACGUUUUAGAUCAGCAUGGGGCGGUAGCCAUGCUUGAGGAGGACAAGAAGAAACAUCGGGUAGAAGUAUUCCCGCCGCGAAGCGCAUCAAGUCGCCGCAUCGUCGCAACCGAUGUGGAAGAUCGAGGCAGAGGAGAAAUAAAAACGCAAAAUGCGACGCAUGCAGAGAAUCAGGAGGCAGAAAGAGCUCGGCUGCGCUCACCAACAUCUUUGUGCUCAGAAGACGCAGACGGGGUGCAGUUUUCCGAAGGCGCCAAGAGCAGCCAGGUAGGACGACUAGACAGUAGAGGUCCAUCUACUUCUUAUGAUGAAUUUAUUGGACGACGAUCACGCCCAUCUUUGUCGGCAACGGUACCGCGACCACGCUCGAGCAGCAUACAAGAACAUGACCACUCCGCCCUGCCAAGAACUAGAGCUUCCCUUCGCCGGAGUGAGAGUCGUUUGAUCGACGGGUUAAUUCUUCCCGGUGGGGAAUCCACCGCAAUGACUAUCAUAGGCGCGGCAUUGCGUGCGGACCUGCUUCACUACAUUCACCAGAAGCGCCGACCUGUCUGGGGCACGUGUGCGGGCUGCAUUUUGUUGGCUGAGCAGGUUACAGAACCGCGAGAGGGCGGUGGGGUAGAACUAGAAGUUUCACCUCCUGACGAAAAUGGUAAUCAUCCUGUUCUUUUUGACGAAAAGGCGCAAGAAGAAGAGGGCAGGCGGUGGUGGAAGGUUGGGGGCGACAAGACCAACCCGGUACAAGAGCACCUGAGUUCUACUGGAGAUCUGGAAGCGCAAGAUGAGGCUGUACAGGCUAGUACGGAGCAUAAUUCUGACGACCACAACUUGAACUUCACCGCUCUAUCGACGAGCCGACGUCCAGGCGUACUAGCAAUCCCGACAUUGGUUGAUGUACAGCCUGCUUCUACUUGUAGUUCAGACGCCGACCACGACGUGGCCGCAAGAACUGAAUCCGCUCCAAGGUCGCUUUUCGGAUUGAAAAAGUAUGGAGCGUCCCUCGGCGGACUCCCAGUCCGGGUUCGACGGAACUACUUCGGGCGCCAGGUGGAUUCUUUCUCUGUGCGCUUCGGGACGACAGACACUCACCCGGCGUUCCGAGGUCAAGACGCGAUAUUCAUCCGCGCGCCUGUGAUAGAAAAGAUACUGGACGACGGGGACGAUCAUGGCGUGGACGAUAAAAAUCUGAGCCCUGCUUCUAGUGUAGCUCCUCCUUCUACAUCUACAACCACUCGUGGAAGUGUGGCACUACAAACGACGUUGAGCGAAAAAGACAAAGGACACGAUGGUCCUCAGCGAAUCGCGCUGGAAGAUGCGUCCAGAAGCAGGACGAGGACGACCUCCAGGACACAAGUGGAAGUGCAAGUUCUUGCAACGAUUCAGCCGCCACGAAGUUCUCCGUCCGGUUCGGGCGGUCGUGGUAAGUCCAAGUCGUGGUCCUCGUCGAGGAGCUAUGGAAGUGUCAGAAUCGAAAUUGACAAAAUCGAAAAAUUUGCAAUGCACAGAAUUGAUGUCAGUUGGAGCGAGCCUCAGAAUCCAAGUGGCGCAUGACAAAUUUCGGGAGCGCCCCAAUCCAGUCUGUCAUGCUGUUUGGGCAAAGGAGACUGCUCCUGUCGUGCUACUCUGGCAGCACAUUGCAUACCCCUCAACAGGCUUACAAUCGGCCCCAUUUGCCUGCUCCUCAAUACAGCCUUUGAGUGCCCUACAUUUUAUGCAUCACAAAUUUUUCGAUUUUGUCGAUUUCGAUCCUGACACAUCCAUAGGAGCUCCAGCCAGAGUAUACCGAGGGGGGCGGCGGCGCGCCCCGAGGAAAACCUCAUCGUGGCCGUAUGACACCGUCAGAAUGGAAAUCCUCAACGUGGAAAUAAUUUGUGAUGCAUGAAAUGCGACACCAAAAACACUGUAUUGCAGAGAACGCAAUGGAGGCCGACUAUUGUGCUUCUACGGGUUCAGAAUUGGGCUGCUGAUUAGCAUGAGAGAAGGGCACCCCUUUGCCUAACUAGCAUGACAGACACGCUUUGAGUGCCCGGAAAAUUUGUCAUGCGCCGGCUAGAAACGGUGCUCCAACUGGAGUCGUUUUUUUGCAUCACAAACACAAAUUAUUUUCACUUUGAGGAUUUCCAACCUGAGGCUUUCAUAGGCCGUGCGAGCAGGACACGUUCUGGGCACGUGCUUUCAUCCGGAGCUUGUAUCGCAAGGAAAAAUCCCCCCUCCCCAUAUUGAAGAGGUAGGUUUUCGAAAAUUUGUGUUGCUGAUUUGAGGUCACAAAUCACAUUUGUGCUGCAAGAAGACAAGGGCAGCAGCUUCCGUCCCAUUAUGGAGCCGGUUUGUCAUGCUGUUGAGCCAACACCACGGACGCUUUUCAUGCUAAGCGCCUAAGUCAAAGCCUCUCUACUCAGGCUUGAUAUGGGUCUGCAGUCCUCUCCAGCAAGACAAAUGCGAUUUGUGUACUCAGAUACUGCAUCACAAAUCUCGUUUUCGAUAUGGGGAGGGGGAGUUUUUCUUUUUGAUAGCUUGUCAGAGCUGACCUUCCUGAUGAAGAUGCUGAAGCCCCCGCCGCAGAAGUGGUCGCAGAUGGAACUACAGCGAAGACUGCUGGUGGAUGUGGUCCGCCAGAAUUAUCUCGCAGCUGCGCAAUAACCUCUUCGCAACUUCUGCCGACGUCACCAUAUGCACAUCGGUAUUUCCUACACGACAUGGUCGGAUGGGCUCUACUGAAGAAGGAAGCUCCUGGUUCUUCUUCCGCGGCUACGAUGCUGCGGCAAGGAGAAGCAAGGCCGUCACGAAUUCUAUCCAGCGCCACUGGGAGCAGUUCUGCAACGAGUGCAAAAAUAAUGAGAAAUGCACCAUGCAGAUGAGAUCUUCACAUGCAUCAAGUGCGUCAGGCGGGGAGAAUUGAGUUGCCAAGCAUCGCUGUGGUGCGUCCCAGCGUGGUCUAGUACUACGCUUUAUUUAUUUCGCAAAACAAAGGCGCAGCCGCAGCGGCAGUGGAUGCUCGUCGUUCCGUGCUUGUUAAGCUUGGGAAGCCCCUUCAGACCGAUACGACCAGUCUUAAUGUUAUUGAUUAUCUGGUACUGGUUCUUCUUGUUGGAUCACGAGCAAGAACGAGAGGCUGACUCCCGCAGCUGCUCCGCGGCGUACGCAGUGUAAUUGAAAUUGAAAGUUAUAACAAGGGCAAAUUAAUGAUCUAAAGUCCUCGUCAUAGCGUGAUGUGUCCCUCUUUUGCCGAUUUCGGCAGAGAGCUCCAUAUGAAGGAUAUCAACAGCAACAGGUAGAAGUUACGCAACUAAGUAGGAGGUUGCUGUACUACUUGCUGCACCUUGUGCUCCUCCAGAAACUUCGCACUCGCGCCGGAUAGUGCUGCUCCACGUCCGACAUUACCAAAGCAUUCGCAACAUGCGUGCGGCUGCCGACGCGCACAUGCGUGCCGACAUAGCGCUUGACGCGCUCCCACAUGAUUGAUUAUUCGCC